AUGGCGUCCCUUGUACAUCUAGUGCUGCUGACGUCGCUUCUUGGACAAGCAGCAUCAGCAACAACUACCGUCAAUAUACCUGGGCUCGGCAUCAUCUUUGGCAACGUCAGACCUGGGUGUUACGAAUACCUUGGCAUCAAGUACGCCACGGCUUCGAGAUUGGCUGCCUUCGGAUUUUUGGGCUCAAGAAAUCUGGGACUGAGAGAUCAGAUGAAGGCCCUUGAAUGGAUCCAUAGGAACAUUCAGUCCUUCGGGGGAAACAGAAGGGAGAUAACUGUCUUCGGCCAGAGCGCUGGGGCCCAGUCUACUGCUCUGCUGAUGAGCAUCCCCUCCGCCAGUCAGUACUUCGAUCAAGCCAUCCUCCAGAGUUGUCCCUUCACACUGCCCUUCAGAACCGCAGCUCAAGCUGACAGCCAAGAAGCUCAACUGGCCACCUUGAUAGGAUGUGAUAAGGGAAACCUCACCUGCUACCAGGAGGCUGAUGCUGAUGACAUUCUGGAGCUGCAAGAUGAGGUGGAACUUCCAGAUGCUUCUUUCUUUAUGUCCUUCGAGUUCUGGGGACCUGUCAUUGAUGACUAUCUGGUGAAAGACCACUUGUACAAUAUCUUCGCACGAGGUCUUCAUAAGAAGAUGAACAUCAUUAUCGGAACUGUCCAUGAUGAAGCUAUGGGGUACUCAUUCAGUUUGUCAACAACUCCUCUUUCCAAGCAGCAGCUUGAGGAGCUUCUUCGCAUGAUUAGUCCUAAGCUGUCGCUGGAGCUUCUAGGUCGGUUCUAUGAUAUUGAUGGCAAUGAUGACAAACGCUUCGUCUUGGCUGAAAUGUCCACGGACUACUUGUUUCGAUGUGUUAGCCAAGCCGUUGCAAAAAUUGUGUCAAAGGAUGCGGCGGUUUACAGCUACGUCUUCGACCAGAAGUUCCAUCUCGACAUCUGGGGCGAAGGCAACAUCUGUAACGACUACGUCUGUCACGGAAUCGAACUGCCGAUGGUGUUCGGUACGUACGGCCUUUGGAAUUACACUCUGACACAUGACAAAAUGAAUCUCUCUGAUGACCUCAUUCAGUACUGGAAUAACUUUGCCAGAGACGGGAGUCCCUCAAGCAAAAAUUCGUCACUUCACAUGUGGUCAUCGUUCAAAACUUGGCAACAGAAAUUUCUUCUGCUUCAGGCUGGAGGCAUACAUAUGGAAUCAGAUCCAUCUAGUUCGAUUAAGUGUUCCUUAUUGGAACAAUUUCUUGGUUUUAAUCCACGUUAA